GUGAUCACAUGAACAUUAUAGGAAAAGGCGAUUUUGCAAAACCGAGGGUUUAAGCCGCAUUCUCCACCUCCGACAAAAAGCGUCCUUUUUAUAUAUAAAUCUUUGUCGACCGCCAUAAAUUCACAUAAAUCGACAGGGCACUGAUUCAGCUGAUUUCUGGGGAGGUUUAUGUGAAAGCUGAACUCUUUUGUGAGUUUCCAAGGGAUCUUGACUCCAAAUUUCAAUGGAUUAUGAUUGUGUGGAGCAAGGAGUUACAUCAGGGUUCUUGAGCAGCAUUAAUUUUGGUAUUGUGACGGAUGAAGAUGUGGAGAAGGUAUCUGUUAAAGAAAUUGAAGUUCCUAAUGAUGUAAUACAUCCAAUGCUUGGAAUUCCUACUCCAAUGUCUUCUCAGUGCCUAACAUGUGAUGCAAAAAAUGUGAAAACCUGUGAAGGUCACUUUGGGUUCAUCAAAUUUCCAUACCCAGUUCUCCACCCUUACUUCAUAUCAGAUGUGGUAAAGAUUUUGAAUAGAAUCUGUGUAAAAUGUAAAUCUGAACGGAUUAGGACCAAGAGUGCUAGUUCACCAUCAACUAAAAGGAAGCCUAAAAGGAAGCGUGGGUGUUGCAAAUAUUGUGAUGGGCGUUCAAAAGAUGAAUAUCCAAGAACAAUAUUUAAAGUAUCGGGCAAAGAAAUGUUUGAAAGUACAGUGAUAUUGGCAAGAAUAAAUGAACGCUCGAGAACUCCACGCGUAGCCUCUGAUUAUUGGGAUUUCCUUCAAAAUGAUCCACAAGAAGGAAAUACAUUAAAACCUCAUGAAAGAAUUUUAACAUAUACUCAGGUGCAAGAAUUGCUGAAAGGAAUCGAUCUCAGAUUCAUGAAAGAUUUUGUUAAAGACGAAAAGAACUUGCUCUCGAUGAACAAUUUUCCUGUAACUCCCAACUCCCAUCGCGUGAAUGAAUGCGGACAACAAAUGAGAUUUGAUGAACGGACAAGGUUUUACAGGAAGCUGGUCGAUUUUAAAGGUCCAGCUAAUGAGCUGAGUGCUCGUGUUCUGGACUGUCUUAAAAUGGCUAAGCUAAAACCAGAGAAGGUGUCGGUGACAGCUAAUGGCCCUCAAAUGUUUCAUAAUUUUGAAGAUGCUGCUCCAAAGAUGUCUGGUCUAAAGUUCAUUAAAGAGCUUAUUCUGGGAAAACGAUCUGAUCAUACUUUCCGUAUGGUUGUAGUGGGUGAUCCUAGUAUAAAAAUUGAUGAAAUUGGCGUGCCUUGUCAUAUUGCGCAGGCAAUGCAAAUUUCUGAACAGCUGAAUUCACAGAACUGGGAAAAUCUGGGUUUAAGGAUUUUGACAAGAGGGGAAACCUAUGUUCGCAGGGAUGGGGGACUAGUUCGUGUCACAAUGAAGAAUGAUAAAUUGCGGAUGGGGGACACUAUACACAGACCUCUCCGUGAUGGAGAUAUGGUUUUGAUCAAUAGGCCACCAUCUAUUCACCCUCAUUCACUAAUUGCUCUAUCUGUCAAAAUUCUUCCAACAAAUUCCAUUCUUUCUCUCAAUCCAUUAAUCUGCUCCCCUUUUCGCGGGGAUUUUGAUGGUGACUGUUACCAUGGUUAUGUUCCACAAUCCAUGGAUUCCAAAGUAGAGCUCCACGAACUGGUUGCUUUGGACAAGCAGUUAAUAAAUAUUCAAAGUGGUCAAAAUCUUCUCUCACUUACCCAUGACAGUUUAACAGCCGCUCAUUUAGUAAUAGAGGAUGAAGUGCUUCUCAACCGUCCCCAAAUGCAGCAACUGCAGAUGUUUUGUCCACAACAUCGUUCACUACAAUUGCCAGCCAUUUUCAAGGCAUCUUCUACUUCACCAGAUACCCACUGGUGGACAGGCAAACAACUAUUCAGCCUGCUCCUACCUCCAGAUUUUAGUUAUAAUUGUCCGUCAAGAGCUGUUCAAGUAAGUGAAGGGGAAGUCAUAUGUUUUCAAAGUGCAUCUUCUUGGCUGCGAGAUACGAAGGGGAACCUUCUGUAUAAACUACUAAGUCACUGCCAAGGGGAAUUUCUUGACUUCCUACAUGCUGCUCAGAGAGUUCUCGGUGAGUGGUUGUCUACGCGGGGACUAAGUGUUUCACUUGCUGAUAUGUACCUAUCUUCAGACCCACACUCCCAAAAAAAUAUGAUCGAAGAAGUUCGUUAUGGUCUUCAGGAGGCUCAGUACGUAUCUCAUGUAAAACUAUUAAUGGUGGAUUCCAAUCUGGAUUUCCUUAGUGGAAACCAUGAAGAAACCGAGUCUACUAGAGCCUUUUCAGUUGACCACUCGUUUUGUGACCAACAAAAGUCUGCUGCUCUCAGUCAAGUCUCUGUCGGUGCAUUCAAGCAGGUUUUUAAGAAUAUUCAGAACCUAUUUUACCAAUAUGCAAGUGAAGACAAUUCUUUUUUAGCCAUGUUAAAGGCGGGAAGCAAGAAAUGUAACUUGACUCGAGCUGUCCAGCAUGGACUUUGCCUUGGCUUGCAGCAUUCUUUGGUGCCAUUGUCAUUUAAGAUACCCCAGCAACUUUCUUGUCUCACAUGGAAUUAUCAAAAGGAACUAGAAUCACUCGAUUCAUCUGCUGAUCCUCCAGAAUUCUCUAGUUCAUACAUCCCUUAUGCAGUGAUCCAAAGUUCUUUUCUUUCAGGAUUGAACCCACUAGAGUCUUUUGUUCACUCAUUGACAAGCAGAGACGGUUCUUUUGGUGGUCACGCAGAUAUAUCUGGUACGUUGACUCGAAGGAUAAUGUUUUUCAUGCGGGACUUGUGCAUGGCGUACGAUGGAACGGUGAGAAGUGCCUUUGGAAACCAAGUUGUUCAAUUUUUUUAUGGUAUCAGCACCACUGCUCCAGAAAACAGUGACGAGACACUUACUGAUGGUGCUUGCACAAUGGGUGGCCAACCAGUUGGUUCAUGGGCUGCUUGCGCAAUUUCUGAAGCAGCCUAUAGUGCUCUGGAUCAACCAAUUAGUGCAUUUGAACCCUCUCCUCUCCUAAAUUUGAAGGAAAUACUAGAGUGUGGCGGCAAUAAGGUGAACUGUACAGCCUCUUUAUUUUUUUCCAAAAAGCUUGCAAGGUGGACCUAUGGGUUUGAAUAUGCAGCUUUGGAGGUUAAAAAUCGUUUGGAAAGAGUACAAUUCUCAGACAUUGUUUCUACAGUCAUGAUAAUGUUCUCCGCCGAGACUUGUGGACAGUCCCGUGAUAGUCCAUGGGUUUGCCAUUUUCACAUAAACAAGGUCAUGGCAACGAGAAAACAAAUUAAAGUCCAAUCUGUCAUUGAUGCACUUAAGAUGAAGUGGAAUUCUACUCGAGUGAAAUCGAAUGCCCAUCUUCCAGACUUGAAGUUUACAAGCAACAGUGAGUGCUCCGAGAAUAUUACCUCGGUUUGUAUCAAUGUUAGAAUUGUCGGGAGCAACAGGAACUCCGGUCCCCAGCUGGAAACCCUCGAGGAAACGGUGAUACCAUUACUUCUCAAAAGUGUCAUAAAAGGAUCCUCAAAUGUGCAUAAGGUGGAUAUCUUAUGGAAAGAUAUCUCAAAUAAAUCAACUUCUCAAAUGGGUGUAUCUGGUGAGCUUUAUGUACGAGUUUUCAUGUCAGAGACCUGCGACAGAUCGAGAUUUUGGGCUGUCCUUAUGGGUGAUUGCCUCCAACUAAUGGAUUUGAUUGAUUGGAAGCGCAGUUAUCCUGAAGAUAUUCAUGCUGCAGCCUCGGCCUUUGGAAUUGAUUUUGCGAAAACACAGUUUUUAAGUAAAUUGGCAUCUGCUUUAUCUGAUACCGGAAAGGCUGUACUGCCUGAACAUUCAAUCCUUAUUGCUGAUUGUCUUUCAUUAACGGGAGAAUUCGUUGCUCUGAGUGCAAGCGGGCUUGCACGACAAAGAAAACAGACAGCAGUUUCUUCACCAUUUACGCAAGCAUGCUUUUCUAGUCCUUCUGAUUGCUUCAUAAAUGCUGGGAAGAUGGGUUCCAUGGAUAAACUUCAGGGUAGUAUAGAUGCAUUGGCUUGGGGAAACUCUCCUUCUCUAGGGACUGGUGCGCAAUUUGAUAUCUUAUACUCUGGCAAGGGUCAUGAAGUGGAUAAACCUUCAGAUAUCUAUAAUCUGCUGGGUAGCGGAGUCGGUACUCAAGAGCAGAAAGUGAAGGUACCUCGUGAGUUCAGCAAUAUAUCCAUCAAAUCUCUUGCCAAAAAAAGUGAUUUCCUGAGGAAGAAUUUUAAAGCAACACACUUUCUGUGGAUGUCUAAAGAGUUGAGGCAUAUAUUACACAAGUAUAAAGUUAAUCAACAGUUAAUUGAGUUGGACGAGGCCAUUGCAGCAGCGGCUCUUUUCUUUCACCCUAGAUCAUCUGAAAAGAUUGGAUGCGGACUUCAAGGAAUUAAGAUUGGUUUAAGCUUAAAGGGUGAAACCAGCCAGUGCUUUCAGCUGAUAAGAACUGAUGGCACCAUCGAGGAAUUUUCAUAUCACAAGUGCAUACUUAACGCUCUGAAGCAAACUGCUCCCAGAAGUGCAGAAACAUACGAAUCGAAGUGGUUGGGUGAGAGACUCUAGUCCAGGUACCAUCAUGUUCGAUAGCAAGGAAAAGGUUGUAGUGUAAGAAUAAAAGUUGUUUAGCGAACACUGCAGUUUGACAAAACCUUCGGUGUAAACUACAUUUCAUUUAGCAGGACCGUAAUAAUUGUAGGUAUGUUCUUAAGCCUCUUUUUGCUGCUUCCACUAAAAGUUGUUUGCCUAAAGUAGAAGGCAGAUAAAAUUUAGUGGAAGUAGCAACGAGAUGCUUUUAAGAGCAUAUCUUUGUUAUUCAUCUUGUAAUCUUGUAAUCCGUCUUCUAGCAAUCCAAGAACAACCUUUGGAUACA